GCUGCUGGGUGCCCGCGUGGGUGUGCAGCCCGCUGGGUGGGCGAUGCUGCCGCGCCAGGUGCACAGGGGGUGCUGGGGACCCAUGUGCAGGGGCCAGCUUCAGGUGGGAGCAGGCUCCCUUUGGGAAUGGACCCCAGGCGGGUUUGGGUGGGGGGCUGCCAGGCGGGCUGCAGAGCCGGGGGUGUCCCCGUAGAACCAUCCCCUGUGCUCAGGGUCGAGUCCUCCAGUCCCCCCAGCGCUGGUUUGCCCAGGAUGCUGGAGGCUGAGGAACAGCAUCUCAGGGCUUUGGACCCAGGUGUAGGAGCAAGGGGGACCGAAGGGGAGAAUGUUAGGACUCCUGGUGUCGUUUCUGCUUUGCUGCUGGGUUUUUUGGGCUGGUCACCAGCUUCACCCACCGCCUUGAGGGGCUGGAGCAGGUCCCCAACCCCCUCAUCACCUCCCAAUUCCCUCACUGCGUCCUCGGGGCUGGGAAAGCCGGGAAGCGAGGGCAGCCCGGCACGGCCACGGGGGCCUCUCCUGCACAGCCGUCCAGCCGAGCGUGAAAUGGGCUGAAAAGAAAAGGGACAGUGUAAUGUUCCUGGGGCCGGGGGCGGAGGCUGUUCGUCCCCCGCGGUGGCCGUGGUCCCCGGCACGGCUGCAGAGCGGGGCUGGCUGCGGCCGCUGUGUCGGUCCUGCCUUCCCAUCCCUCUUCGCUUUCACCGCUUUGCAACCAUUUCAGGGCGCCCAGCCCCGUCCUGCCCUGUGUUGCUGGCCCUGUUGGAUCCCUGUGACCCCCGGGACCAUGGUCCCCAGUGCUGCCCUCGGAGCGGUGACCCCAGCCGGGUGCAGGAUGCGGACCCUGGCCUGGCUGGGCAUCACCAGCCUGUGUCUGGGGGCAGCUUGGGCUGUCCCAGCCAAGGAAGAGAGGAGGAAGGCAGAGAAGCCAAAAGCUGACCUUGCGCUCUACGAAAACCUGGAUCUGGACAACUACGACCUGACGUUGGACAACUACGGCGAGAUCCUUGACCUGAGCAACUAUGAGGAGCUCUACGACUACGGUGACCUUGGUCCGAAGAUCGAGGUUGGCACCCUGGCUCCUCGUCCCAAGGACCCCGCGGCUCUCCCAGACCUGGGCGCCACGGCCGAAACCCCGAAGCUGCCGCCUCUGACCACCGCCGGCCCCGUCCACCCGGCACCCCCAUGGGCUGCCUCUGCACCCCCAGCCCUGCCCAGCUGCCGGCUCUGCCUGUGCAUCGGCACCUCCGUCUACUGCGACGACGCCAACUUGGAGCACAUCCCGCCGCUGCCGCCGGAGACCACCUACCUCUACGCCCGCUUCAACCGCAUCGGCACGAUCCGGGCCAGCGAUUUCACAGGGCUGAAGAAGCUGAAGCGAAUAGACCUGACCAGCAAUUUCAUCUCCUGGGCGGACGUGGACGCCUUCCGCCUGCUCCCCAGCCUGCAGGAGCUCAUCCUGCCCGAGAACAGGCUGACGGCACUGCCCGAGCUGCCCCGCAGCAUCGUCCGGCUGGAUGCCCGUCUCAACAGGAUCCCCAGCACCGGCCUCCAGCCUGAAGCUUUCCGGGAGCUGAAGCAGCUGCAGUUUCUCCAUCUGUCCGAUAACCAGCUGGACUAUAUCCCGGCGCCCCUGCCCGAGAGCCUGCGCUCCCUGCACCUCCAGAACAACAACAUCCAGACCAUGCACGAGGACACGUUCUGCGACAGCCAAGACCACAGCCAGAUCCGCCGGGCGCUGGAGGACAUCCGCCUCGAUGGCAACCCCAUCAACCUCAGCCUCUUCCCCAAUGCCUAUUUCUGCCUGCCCCGUCUGCCCACGGGCCGAUUCUUCUGAGCCCCGUGGCCCCAAGGCUGGGAACUGAGGGCAAGCAUCCCCGCACCCCCCGUGCCCCCACCCCAGACCCUGCUGCCCCACGGAAAAUGCAGGGUUAGGGCAGGUACAUUUAACCCUGGUGUGAGCUGAGCCUCCGUGUAGGGGUGAACUCAGUUUUGGGCCAAACGGAGCCGGGG